UUUAUGAAAGGAUAAACCUUUGUUCAUGUACACUAAAAAAAAAAAACUCACCGAUCAUCAAAUUAGCAGUCGUAUAAUUUGGUACGCCAAACGCGCAUUUCGGCUACAUUUGAUUCAUCAAUGGAGCGCAAAUCAAUAGAGUUCGAAGGUCAAAUCGGAUAUGCUGUUUAAUUCAGAGCAUUGAACACACGAAUGUUUGGUGCGUAUUCUAUUACUGUGCGAAUAAAUCAAAACAUAUCCGGAGUAAUAGAUGAAAGUGGUACACAAAUAAAAUGCUCAUUCACAAGUCAUAAUGUAACCAAGAUAUUUGCCAUCGAGUUGAAAGCUGACAAUGAAACAGUUGUAACAUUCUUACCAGAUGAUAAACCAAGAUUUACAACCAAAGGACUGUAUUUGGAAGGAAGAGUAACACUGAUGAAUAUAAGUAAAGUGUCUGCAGAAGCUGUUUUGACAUUUAAUAAUCUCACCUGCAUUGAUCAAAUUAACUACAGUUGUUCCGUUGUUUAUCUUGACCAAAACAGCAAAACAGAAAGAAGGAAUUCAGGAUUCACAUCUCUUUUCGUUAAAGUUCCACCUUCCAACCCCUAUCUCAUAACUAUGGUUAAUUCAUUAGAAGACGAUGCAACAACACCGAUAACGAUAGAAAAUACGAAUUCCCCUCAUUUUACUGUAGGACACAAUAAAUUUAAAACAACUCUUAGCCAGAUCAUUUCGAACAGGCGAACAACGAAUGAUGAACAUUCCAAUGAUGAACCAUCAAUUACCUCCACAAUCUUAAAGAAAGGAGAUAAUAUUACAUUUCUUUGUACUGGAAAUGUUGGAAAUCCACCAGGAAAAUUCAUCUGGCAAAAAAACAAGCAUGACGAAAAUCCAAUAGAUUACACAGAUAUUACUACAACUAUACAGGAGGUAUCUGAUAUGUGCUCCUACAAUGGGUCAAGUACCUUGACAAUCCAGGUAACUGCUGAGGAUAACAAGGCCAUCAUUCGAUGCACAGUAAAUUCACCAUUGGCACAUCCAAAUAUGUAUAUAGAAACUAUACCAAUGGAAGUUCAGUCUCCUGAUUUGGAUACUACGAUGGAAACUAGACGAACAACGUCAGGUACUAUGAUAGGCAAUACUGUUAUAGUUUCAACCGAUCAACCAAAAGUGCACAGUGCCAGUGGAUACAUAGGUAUUUGUGUAGUUGUUGGUAUAGCAGUCUUGCUUUUAUUGAUUAUUGUAAUUUGUUUAUACAAACGAAAGGGAAAAAAGAAAAAAAGUCGAUAUCAUGUCGUUAAAGAAAAAUCUAAUUCCAGCCAGUUAAAUCAAACAGUCCAAUUAAAACCAAUUUCUUUGACAGGCAGUUAUGAAAAAAAUGAUACUGGAAAAGAGACAUCAACGGUUGACAUUGAUGACAUUAAAAAGCAGAACAUGGUAUACAUAGAAACACAGGAAAAAGAUGAUAAAAAUAAAUUAUCCACGUUUCGCAGAAAUUCUCCUACCCAACAUGCAGUAUAUGCUCAGGUGAAUGAAGCAGGAAAAACACAAUAUUUAAACAAUACGCAGACCUAAACAAUUUCUAUUCAAAAGGGAAAGCAAUCUCAAGAUGAACAAAAAGAAAUUAACGACCAGUCCACAGAGAGAAUAAACAAACAGAACCUCAGUGAUAAAGCACAGAAUGUCAACAAAGAAACGAUCGAUUCGUAGAUAAUUUUAAAGGCAUACCUGUAUAUUUUUACAUCUCCAUUUUGUACAACGACAGAUGCGCCAUCCAGAGAGUGUGUGGGAUACUUGACAACAGGGUUGCUAUGACGGGCAGAUUAAAAAAGAAAAUCUUUAAUACGGCGCCGAUAUCGUCGAAUUGUCUUGACAAACUUGACACAGCCCACAAAAAGAUAUGUAAAUAUAUUGUGAAAAUAUGUGUAUAUCUGUGUUGUCAUAAUUUUGUGAAGUAUGAAAUUUUUAUUGUUUUCUGGUAAAUUUCCACUGGCAUAUAUUUUAGAGUGAGUUGAGUUUUUGGUAUAUUUUAUUAGAAAUAGUAUGAAAAUAUUGGUAUAAAUUUGGUUAGAUCGUUUAAUGCCACCUUUCUACUACUCAAUUAAAUGCCAAACAAAUACCAAUCGUUACGAUGUGCCUGUGUCUAAACUAACUAGCAACGUAGUCACGGUUUUAGACGAUUAAAUAACAGAAUAGCCGUGUGGUCUGUUAAUUGAUCGCUUUUGUCCUAUUCCUGAUUGUGACAGUUUGUCUGAAGGUGCUUUCGCUUACCAUGUGGACACACUCGGCAUCGAUCCCUUUUUUUUGAG